AUCGAAACAAUUGAGUUGCUGCAUGAUAUCCGCCCAGACCCUCUUUUCCCCCACUUGAUAACCAAAGCGGGGAUGCUUUUAUCCUGCUUGCCAAACAAACUGACAUCACCGGGUUGGGCGUGUUCGUUGCUAACUGAGACUGUUGCAUUAGAAAGAGGUUUUUUUUUCUCUUCUCUCGCAUCUUCCUCAAGAGUUUUCGUUUUCUCAUCUUCCAACCCAUACACAAAGAAUAUCUUAAACAGAAGAAAAUUGUCUGUCACACACCGCAAAAAUGGCGUCCGUUCCCAAGACUAUGAAGGCUCUCCAAUACUCCAAGCCAAAGGAGUUCAAGAUCGUUGAAAUUCCUGUGCCCACACUUCGCGAUAACGAUGUCCUGAUCAAAGUCAAGGCUUGUGGUGUUUGCGGAACUGAUUUGCACAUUCACGAGGGUGAAUUCCUUGCAAAGUUCCCUCUCGUUCCUGGUCAUGAGACCGUUGGUGUCGUCGCUGCCGUUGGACCCAAGGUCAAGGGUUUCGAGAUCGGAGAACGUGUCGUUGCUGACAACUCUGAGCUUUGCGGUGAAUGUUUCUACUGCCGCCGUGGUGAGGAGCUGCUCUGCGAGCAUUUCGAAGCUCAUGGUGUUACCAUGAACGGCGGUUUCGCCGAAUACUGCGCAUAUCCUGCCGGUCGUGUCUUCAAGAUCAAGAACCUUAGCGAUGUCGAUGCCACCCUCCUUGAGCCCGCUUCAUGCGCCGCACACGGACUGGACAAGAUUGCCCCUAAGAUGGGCUCGUCUGUCCUUAUGUUCGGUGCCGGUCCCACUGGUCUUGUCCUCUCUCAGAUGCUGCGCCAGAACGGUGGUUGCCACGUUGUUGUCGCUGCCCCUGAGGGUUUGAAGUUGGAGUUGGCCAAGAAGCUUGGUGCUGGUGACGAAUACAUUGCUCUCUCGCGCUCCAACCCCGAGGUUCAGUUUGAGAAGCUGAAGAGCGAGAACCCAUACGGAUUCGACAUUGUCGUUGAGGCCACCGGAAGCGUCAAGAUCCUUGAAGACUCCAUCAACUACGUCCGUCGUGGUGGUAAGCUCGUCGUGUACGGCGUGUAUGCUAACAAGGAUCGCGUCAGCUGGCCCCCUAGCAAGAUCUUCGGCGAUGAGAUCACUAUCCUAGGUUCCUUCUCAGAAACCUACAAGUUCCCUGCUGCUAUUGACUACCUUGACCGCGGCAAGGUCAAGGUCGACGGUAUUGUCAACAAGACCUUCAAGCUCGAGCAGUGGGCCGAGUGCUUGGAGGCUAUGCGUAACAAGAGCGCCAUCAAGGCUGCUAUCACUUUUGAUUAGAUCUGUCAGGUAUCCUUUGGGUUAGACAUCUGUCAAAUUUUUGAAAUUCUUGGAUACGUUAGCGAUAAUGAUAAAUGAAAAUGAUAAUUGAAUUGCAAGUC